AUGUUCCUCCAGCGCACAGCAGUGACAGCUGCCCGCCGGGCAGCAGCAAGCCCAAUUGCCAGGCGCAGCUUCGCCACCACAUUUGUGCGCCGAGACGCAACUCCCACCCCCACACCAGCAACCGGCUCCAAUGAUGGCAAGAUUAAGAAAUUCAACGAAAUCAAGAGCGAGGCCGAUUUGAUCGGCCCUGGAGCUGCACCGGGAACUAUACCCACCGACCUCGAGCAAGCGACUGGUUUGGACCGAUUGGAGAUUCUGGGGAAGAUGCAGGGCAUUGAUGUCUUCGAUAUGAAGCCAUUGGAUGCAUCUCGCAAAGGUACGAUUCAACCGACAUCAGACCACAAUUCGACUUUUGGGAGAUUGGGAGGGGCAAUUGAUUUAGCUCAAGCAACUGACAGAUUACCUUCUUUAGGGACGCUUGAUAACCCAAUUAUGGUCAAGUCUGCUGGUGAUGAGCAGUAUGCUGGUUGCACUGGUUAUCCCGCCGAUUCCCACGUCACCAUCUGGCUCACGAUGUCUCGUGAGCGCCCAGUCGAACGCUGCCCUGAGUGUGGUAACGUUUUGAAGAUGGAGUAUAUUGGCCCAGAAGAGGAUCCUCAUGCUCAUGACCAUGGUGAUCAUCACCACGCCGCCCCUGAGGAGCCCAAGACUUUUGUUGAUUUCGUUAAGCCAGAAUACCGAUAA